UGGUUUUGAUGCUCAAAACAUUUCUUGGAUAUAGGUUUUGAGAAGGCCUGUAGUUUACAUCUUAUACUCUGUGACGGUCUCUCCCUCAUUGUAGAAGGCGUAGUCUCCUUUAAAACAUUGCUCAUUAGUCUCAUGCUUUGAAGACAGCUCUGGCCUAUGGCAAGUGUUUUACAGAAUUCCAAGGGCAGGAAAAGCGUGUUUACAAAAUUAUCACUCCAUCUGAGCACUUACAGAGAAGGAAGUCUUACAGAGAUAUUUGCCUGAGUAAGAGACUAUGGAUUCGUCUGUGUUUCCAAGAGCAGUGAAUGAAUGGCAGAACUGGGAGUCUUCAGAGUCCAGUUGCUCUGUCAAGAUAGAAUUUAAUACCGCAAAGUGUCCUCCCAGUCCCUCUGCAGACAGCUCUUUACCUGAUGUUGUGACAAAUACCGCUUCUGAGAGGAGGUCGUCAGUACCUCUCAGGGCAGUUGAAGCAGAGAGGGCGCUCACAGCAGAGGUGCAGGCUCUGAAGGAUGAGUUUCAGAAGAAGGCCAGCUUUCGGAGACAGGAUGAGGAACUGAUCCACACUCUGAGGGAACAGGUGGCGUCUCUGUCGGAGAAGAAGCUCGAUCUGGAGAGGCAGGUUGAGGCACUGUGCCAGGAGAAGACCGCUCUGCGGGACAGCAUGGCCAGUCUGCACAAGCACGUCAGCAGCCUGGAGGAGCAGAGCAGGCAACAGACACUGCAGCUGAAGGACUGUCAGCAGGAGGUGGAGAUCGCACGAGGAAGAAGCCUGCAUCUCCAGUCACAGCUCGAAGAGCUCCAGGAGGAGGCCUCACUGCGGGAUUCUAGCGGGGGGGAGGUGUCCCUGCAGUCGGAGCUGGAGCAGAGCCUGGACAGUAUGAGCUGGAGCCAGGACAAGGAGCAGGUGACCAGAGAAGUGCUGUCCAUUCUGAAGCUGAUGCUUCCAAUACCUGACUGCUCCCCAGAAGAAGGCCUUAAGGAUAUUCAAAACCAGCAGGACAGUCUGCUUGUAAUGCUGUCGCAGAUCAAAAAGAUGGCACAGAGGCUGGCACAGUGCCACUCAUCUCAGGAGCUGAAUCACUCCAGUGUUUUGCAAAAGAGCAUUCCCUGUGAGAAUCAGAACUUGAUACAGCAGCUCCAAGAUCAGAACGCUCUGCCUGGGAAGGAGGACUCGGAGCUGAUGCUGUGUGCGGAAAGAAUGAAGGCUGACGAGAUCCUACAGCAGGCAAUCUGGGAUCGGGAUGAGGCCAUUGGAAAGAAGAACGCCAUGGAGAAUGAACUGAUUAAGUGCAAGAAUGAGAUGAUGUCACUGAACAAUCAGCUGCUGGAAGCCAUUCAACGCAAGCUGGAGCUGUCUCAGGAGCUGGAGGCCUGGCAGGAUGAUAUCCAAGUUAUUAUUAACCAGCAGCUGAAGACCCAGCAGCAGACAGACCAGGCUCAGAGGAAGAACUCUGUGUCCACGGGGACCGGCCGCCUUUCCUUCCUGCGCCGGCCCAGCACCCCAACGCUGAGAACCAGACACCUCUCUUCUACGUCUUCCCAGGCCUCAGAGCCCAGGCGCACACCGGCUCACUGGAAGGAAUGGCUGAAAGGUGGAAAGCUGGGGUAGCCUGGGAAUUAGGCUAGGCCAGCCUGAGCCCUGGACAUCACUGUGUCACACAGCGGGACAUUUACUCAGCAGUAUCUGCUGGAUAGAUCUUGGAAGAAUCCAUUUCUGAUUCUUUUAUUUAUUACUCAUGCGGGGAGAUGGAGUAAUUUCUUUUUAAAAAGUGGCCUACCGUUUGUAUCCUGAAGGAAUUUAGCUCUUAGGAUGUGUAAAGAGAUGCUGUGUAGGCCAUUACUUUAUAUACUCACAGUGGUCUAUUGUUCGGUUCCUUUUUCUGCGAGACAACUGAACAGGAAGGUUACAGCAAUGAAUUGAUUUGUGUCUUUCCUGCUUCGUAAGAAUUCACACAGAAUGAUGCAGACAGAAUAAAAAAACGUGUGAAAUUGAUCAGUAUCCCACGAUGUGUGGAAACUUCAACACAAGCCAGUUUGGACUUUUAGGUUGAUUGCCCACAGAGCCGAGAUGAGGUAACUCUAAUGGAAGUCAGGAAAGGGUGCUCAGCCAAUAUCAGAGACUCAUAAUCCAGCUGUCAAGGUGCACUGUGAGAGAUAGAUUUCAGCGGGUGGCCGUAAGGCUGGUGCUUUUUUGGUUGGGAACAGCAGAGAUGUGCCGAAGUGUCAGGUCUUGAUGGGAGACUCCAAUUUUCUGGAGUUCUGGGUGGGCAGGUGACCUCAUUACAACUCAUUAUUGGCUUAAGUGGACCAAACUGGCAGUUUUUUAGCUAGCUAGUUAGGCGCUGGUGCUUUAAAGAGACUAGAAAAUCUCCAGGGGUCCUAGGGAGCUGGGACUAGCAUUGGACACCCUUAGAAGGAUAUCCAGAUCAGACAUCCCUGGUCUAAACGUGAUCUGUAGUGCUCCACAGCUUGACAUUAGUAGGCAGCCUUCAUUAAUCAGCUGGAAUAUCAGCAGAAAUACCCCUUACCUGUCAUCAGGUUUCAGCAACUUGCUGUGAAGGGAUUUGGAGAAAUCCAGGUAUGAGCACAGGAGCAAUAAGAUACCAAUAAGAGCACAAUCUCAACUUAGACACAGGCUCACUCUCCCGAGAGUCAGCUUAUUCUUGGGGAGAGGAGAUGGGAGCCCUUCUGUUGGGUGGUGUUUUGAGCCAGCGGUAGCUUUUAAAUACUCUGUUCCAGUAAGCUCUUUUGAAAACUUGAGAAGGAAAAUGUUACAUUCAACAGUAUUAAAUUGUAAAAAAAAUGUCUAAAAUGUUUCUCUAAUUAAAGAAUCACAGGGCUACUUGUUCUGUCUGUCAGUAGUACUGUAAAAGUGUUUCAAUGAAGGAGCUGUUGGAAACUGUACACGCAAACAGCUAAUGUAAUCACUAAAGUGUAAAUGAAAGAGGCAAAAAAAGUAACCUUUUUAAGUUUGAUCAACAAAUUGUAGGCACAUUGUGAAACAUCAACUGAUCAUUUAAAGAAUUAUGUAGCCAUAGUAUUUUGUUAAUAUGUAAAAAAACCCUCACUGUGACUCUUGUGACCUUAGAUAUGAUGUUGAAUGUUGCCAGUACCUAUGUCCUUUAUCUUACCAGAUCUAAAACAAGAUUUAUAAUUAUUUUCACCAAUCACAAGAGAAUGUAUAAGAAGUACUUUCCAUGCUUUAUACCUUGUGUUUAUUGAAAUGUGUGUUUCUGGGACAAAUAAAGCUGUAUUGUUUGUACUAAGAAAUAAAAUCAUUUUAUAGAGGCUGGA